AUGCAACUUUUGUUAAAAACAACCGUUGCUCAUCGCUGGUCGGAUUUGUCCGAGUUGUGGAAACCCCUGCCAGAGGAGCCGACUACGUUUCGAGUUGAUGCAACAGCAUGCUCGACGUACGCCUAUUGCACCUCCUUUUCUACAACAACAUCACCGCCGGAGGAAGAUCUCCUCGCACUCACUUUCCUGUCCCAGGAACUACUCCGAUCAGCUCAGGGUCUUUGGUGGCAUCAACAGCGUGAGCCACGAUACUGUGGGCCCACCUUGCACGUCCCUGUAUACGCACAUGUUCACGUCUACAUGGACGGUAAUCCCCCUCGCCUCGUGUGGCUCGUACGCCUUUCCGGCCAAUGGAUAGCCGCGCCCAACGUCAAUUGCAGUUGUAGCUUAUACUACUGUGUUUACACUCUUACCCUUUCGGCAAUUGACGUAUCCGACAUCAUCAACAGGAACCACAGACUUACUCGCGCAUCUCAAAGAGACAGGAUAAACGAGUUCGCAUCCUACGAACAGCUUACAUAUACCCACCUCCUCCACAACCGGCCCGUUUCCCAAACCUCAAACGACCCAAUACGAGCGCGCGAUGCCAAGACUCAAAAUACCCAAGGAUGCAAAAUCAUUUCGCCCCGUAACACCUAUACUCGCAUACCUACCUUGUUCCAAACCCGUGUGUGUUCAGCGACGAUCUCGUCUGAUUUCUCUGACGCAAGAAACCUGCUGUCCCGCCGUGCCCAUCCUUACCCCCCAAAUGUGGCUCGAGUGGCUGGCACGCAGAGCCCGCCGCGCCUGGCGUCGCGCAGCCCUGCGAGUACCGAACGCACGUGUGAUCACUAUGACAUCGUUUGCUUGUUUGGUGUCGCAGAGUUCAAGACUUGCACGCGAUGA